AUGGAGGGCGAGCUGAUGGCGCGCCUCGCGACGCGCCUGGGCCUAGUCGAGCCUGCGCUGCUGAGGAAAGCCGAAGAGUAUCUGCGGCUGUCGCAGGUGAAGUGCGUUGGACUGUCGGCGCACACUACAGCCACGAGCAACGCCGUGAUGUGUUUGGACCUCGCGGCUACUUGCAUGAAGUGCCCGCUGGACCGAACGUACUUAGUUAAGCUCUCAGGUUUAAACAACAAGUCGUAUCAGAGUUGUCUGAAGUCUUUUGAGUGUCUGCUGGGCCUGAACUCAAAUCUUGGACUAAGAGACCUUGCUGUACAAUUCAGCUGCACAGAGGCGGUGAACAUAGCUUCUAAGAUACUACAGAGGUAUGAAUCCAGCCUUCCCCAGACACAGCAAGUGGAUCUUGAUCUAUCCAGGCCCCUGUUCACAACAGCAGCUCUUUAUUCGGCUUGCAGGAUUCUGAAGCUCAGAGUGGAUAAGAAAAAGCUGGCAGCCACAGCCGGUGUGAAGAAAACCGUAUUUGAUCGGCUCUGUACCCAGCUAGAGAAAAUCGGGCAGCAACUCACUAUUGACCAUACCCCUUCAGACCCUCCACCUCCCAAGAGACAGAAGACCCUGGCGGAACAUCCCGAGAAAGACCUGCAGAAGGAAGCAGUGUUUCCACGCAAGCAACAGAAAAGUGAAGAAUUGAAUCAGGACUAUGAAGAAUGGAAAAGGAAAAUUUUGGAGAAUGCCACUAAAGCACAAAAGAUGAAAACCGAGUGACUUGGUCUUCCAAACUGAAGUGCAGUUCUCAAUCGUUUCUUAGCUACAGGGGGUUGAAGAAAAUUCAGCAUUUUGUUUGGAUGGCUGUAGCAAAGGUAUUGUGGUCGGGUUUUUUUAGACGAGUCUGGGCCCCUCCACUCAAGGAAAAAAGUUGCGUUUGGCAGAUACCUUCCUUUCCAAGCAUUUGAAAACUGAUCGGUGCCAUUUUAAGAAGACAGCCUGCUUUACAAGAGGGACAAAGUCCGAAGUUCUGAGAUAAUAAAAGCAGGUUUGGUUAAAAUUGCCCAUAGUGGUUUUCUGAGCCCCCACAGAUACCUUUUGGCUCCAGUGCCUUUAUAGCACUGUACAAAGCGGAAUCUCCGCCUUUUGAGAACUUAGCACUCCGUUUUAUAAUUUAAUUAUCUUGGCCAUGUUUGUUACCCAUUUCUGAAGUAGCAGGCGCGUGGGAGUCAAUCUCCCUCUUCUUGUGCUUAAAAUACUACAUAGUGAAUGAAGAGGAGUGAAAGCUGAUGUCUUUUUAUUGCACAAACCUCUGAUUGGACUGAGAUGAUACUGAAAUAAAUUAAUUUUGUUUAUGGUUC